AUGGCAUUUGUAAGGAAACCCAUACAUAACCUCCCCACAUUUGCUGGCACCACAAUCGACCAAGGUCCGCUUCUUGAAAAGGGUGAGCUUGUGGUGAUGCGUCUCGGAAAUAUCAAUAACCUCUGGUGGUGGCUUAAGAGUGUGAACAGAGUGAGAUGUGUGUUUAAUAUAUUCAGAGGACUCGUCAACACAUUUCCUAUGAACAAAGAAGUCACAGAUUUCGCAGUAAUAUCCACCACUGGCAUCAUGACAUGCUUGUGGAUCAACGGUAGUGACACUCCCUCUGAUUCCAUGGUCGCCUACUACAAGAUUGAGAAGAAGAAGAAGAAGAAGAAGAAGAAGAAGAAGAAGAAGAAGAAGAAGAAGAAGAAGAAGAAGAAUCUGAGAUCUCAACGGUAUGCUCCUUUCAAGUCUAUAUCUCUCUCUAAUUAA